AUGCAAAAGUGGGAGAAGUUGUUCUCAGAUUUUCAUCACAAGCAAGCGGUUAAUCAGUACUAUCAACAAGCAUAUAAAGGAAAAUUAAUUUUGCGUUUUGAUGAUAUAAACCCGGCAAAAGAAAGUGCAAAAUUUGAAAAAGUUAUAUUAGAAGAUUUACAAACACUUGGUGUAGAAUAUAGUAUUUCUCACAUGUCUGACCAUUUGGAUGCGUUAAUUGAUCAUUGUAGUCAACUAAUUGACAAAGGAUUGGCUUAUUGUGAAGAUGCUGAUCUAGGAGAAAUGAAAGAGCAGUGUGAUCAGAGACAAGAUUCUAUCAGUCGAAAUAAUAGUGUUGAAAAAAAUUUAAAAGUGUGGAAUGAUAUGAUUAUUGGCAAUGAAUAUGGUCAAAACUGUUGUGUUAGACUAAAAAUUGAUAUGAAUUCAAACAAAGAAUAUAUGAGAGAUCCAACAAUUUAUUGUUGUAAACUUGAAGAACAUAUUCGAACUGGUAGAAAAUACAAAGUUUAUCCAACAUAUGAUUUCGUUUGUCCAAUUGUUGACAGUAUAGAAGGAGUUACACAUGUUAUACGUGCAACAGAAUAUCAUGAUCGAACUGAGCAGUAUUAUCGGAUAUUAAAUGCCCUUGCAUUAAAUAAAAAAGAUCUUGUUGAUGUUAGAGUGACGAAUGUCCAAAAUGAAGAAUGUCGACAACAUCCCAAGCAUCCUAAAAAUGCUAGUAUUGGAAAUAAAAAUGUUUAUUACAGUCAAAAUAUUUUAAUUGAGCAUGAUGAUGCAAUAUUAUUAAAUGAAAAUGAAAUUAUUACAUUAAUUAAUUGGGGAAAUUUUAAAAUUGUAAAAAUCAACAAAAAAGACAUUAGUACAAUUGAAUCCAUUGAAGCUGAAACACAACCAGACAAUAAAGAUUAUAAGAAAACAGUAAAACUGACGUGGUUACUGUUCAUCAAAAGGUUUUUACCAGCUAACUAUGCUCUAUCGAUUGCUGUUAAAGUAUUAUUGAAUUUAAAAGCACAAUACAAGAUGCUAACUGGCAUACAACUUGUUGGUGCUGGUGCUGCUCCUCCAAAGAAAGCCAAAAAGAAAACAUCAACACAGCAAAGUGACAAAAAAUCGGAAUCUGGAGACCAAAAUUCCAAAAAUCCAGAAUUUUUUAAUGGAGUGCUGUUAUUAAACCGCAUCAAUUUUGAUGCUAAAAAAGAUCAAGAAAAGAACGAUUUAGAUUUACCAUUCUGUGCUAACUAUGAACGAAAAUCAGAACAAACAAAAAUGUUAAAUUUUUUAAAUUUAUUAGCUUUAUUAUUAAAUAGAAAAGGAGAAGCAACAUAUAAACCAAAAUAUGAGCAACCUUUGAAAUAUCUGGAACAACUGAAAGAAAGACAAACUGAUGUUGUUAAUUACAUUAGUUCAAAUAACAUCUCGAUAAUGAACUUGUCAAAGAUUGCGGUUGAACGUAGAGUAAUGCAAAGAAAUAAUUUAUCACAACAGAAAUGUAUAGAAAAGAUAUUUGAAACAUUAGAAGAAUUCAUCAGUUUGAUAAAGAAUAAAAAUAAUCUUUCUGAAUCAACAUUGGUCGAUCGUAUAGAAAAACAAUGCACCGUAUUAUAUUAUUAUGAAUUACUAUUGAAAUUUAUUCGUGAUGAUAGUCCGGAUCAAUACAGAAUAAUAUAUCGUUUGUUAAAUAAAUUAAGCCACCAUAAUCGUUCAAUAUUUAAAAUAUUAGAAUGUUCAUUGACACUGGCGUUUAACACGAAAUUUAAAAGUGUUCAGUAUCAAAUCAUACCACCACAUUGUCGUGUUGUCAAAAAUCUCACGCCACUUAAAACAACAAACAUUUGA